AUGAGAGAGGUAGUGCAGUACCCGUUGCUCGAGAUCGCGGUUCCUUACCAGUACCGGGUCCGGGAAGAUCCCGUUGGUGGAGUCAAGAGACGCCGGCGUGAGAGUGCCCAACCGGAUGAUGAGUGUAAGCGCGUCAAGGUUAGUACGCCGGAAGCGCGUGCUGAUGAGUCCCGGCUAGAGGUUAGCUCACCUUCAAGUUUGCCAGUUGCUGCCACAGGAGCCCCUGCGGUUGCUGAGGUUGAAGAAGUUCUCCCGUUGUCACCUUUGGCCUCUCCGGGGCCUCGGGACGAUCAGACCGGUGAAGAUGAUGCGCUGUGUGCUUCACAGCUUUAUACGAAUGAAUUAUAUUCGAUGGUCAAGAGAGAAUUGCCACCUACUUGUUAUAAGAAUCUGUUGUUUCAGUUGGUAUCAAAUAUGGAUCGUAAAGAACUUUCGGACUUGGGGACUUUAAUCACUGAUAAUUUAAAACGAGAUUUCUUGUCGUCACUGCCGUUUGAAAUAGCACUCAAGGUCUUGACCAACUUGUCAUUUGCCGAUAUCGCACAGUGCCUUCAAACUUGUAAAAGUUGGAACUCAUUGAUAAACUCAACACCGCACCUGUGGCGACAGAUGCUCCUAACUGAAAGUUUUGUCUCUAAGGAAAAUUUUGCCAAGUAUUCAUCAAAGUUAAAGGCUAAAUACCCACAGAUUAAGAACGAAGAGGAUGGAUAUCAAUUGGACUUCUUGGAAAACUGUCGUGUUUUGCAGAACUGGUUCAAUCCCAAAUUCACCCCUCAAAGGACCACGUUGAGAGGGCACAUGACAAGCGUUGUGACCUGUUUACAGUUCGAAGAUAACUAUGUGAUAACGGGAGCUGACGAUAAAGUAAUCAGGGUCUAUGAUUCCGAGAAGAAACAGUUCCUGAUGGAGCUCACGGGUCACGACGGAGGUGUUUGGGCACUCAAGUACGAUGAGGAUGGUAUCUUAGUAAGUGGGUCCACCGAUCGUAGCGUUAGAGUCUGGGACAUCAAGCGCGGAUGUUGUACUCAUGUAUUUAAAGGUCAUGCCUCUACUGUUAGGUGCCUCGAUAUCGUCGAGUACAAGAAGGUCAAAUACAUCGUCACCGGAUCGCGUGAUAAUACCCUACAUGUUUGGAAACUUCCAUUGGAACCUGUGGCAGAGGGUCAGGAAUGGCCCGUGGUCUAUAAUACACCAGAAGAAAACCCUUACUUCGUCGGAGUCUUAAGAGGACACAUGGCGUCGGUGCGUACGGUGUCGGGACACGGUAACAUCGUAAUCAGCGGGUCUUACGAUAACAACCUCAUGGUUUGGGAUAUCGCUCAGAUGAAAUGCCUUUAUAUCUUGACGGGCCACACAGACAGGAUUUACUCCACUAUCUACGACCAUAAGAGGUUCCGCUGUAUAUCAGCCAGUAUGGAUACCACGAUUCGAGUUUGGGAUCUGCAAAAUAUAUGGAACAAUGGUACUUGCACAGUGGUUACUACUUCACAAGCUCCGUGCACGAAGAUUUCAGGUUCCAUGUCAACCUUGCAAGGCCAUACCCAACUUGUAGGUUUACUGCGUCUAUCUGACAGAUUUCUAGUCAGUGCUGCUGCAGACGGCAGUUUGAGAGGUUGGGACUCAAAUGAUUAUUCAAGAAAAUUCGCAUACCAUCAUAAUAAUUUGAGUGCUAUAACGACCUUUUACAUGAGCGAUAACUUACUGGUAAGUGGCUCCGAAGGUCAGUUCAACGUCUACAAUCUGCGAAGUGGGAAACUUAUACAUUCAAACAUAUUACGAGACGCUGACCAAAUUUGGUCCGUGAAUUUCAAAGGUGGGAUUCUAGUUGCUGCGGUAGAGAAAGACGGUCAAAGUUACGUCGAAUUACUUGAUUUCAGCAAUGCUGGUACUGCAAGAAACAUUCCCAUCCAGGGCCAUGUAUAG